CAGGCUUUAUAUGACUGGGCAGGGAGCCUGCCAACACAGGGCUUUCCGAGUAGAUAGUCCCUGUACUCGUUUCCUUUUUUCCUUGUUUGUGCCACUUACACACUUGCUAUCUGACUUACUAAGUCCGUUGUAAGCAGUUGCUGUCAGAUCUGUCCAUGCUUCGUGAAGCCAACUUCCGUAUUUUUUAGCUGUGACAAAACCAAACUUAACUUAGGAUUUGGGUAAAACUGUUAAGGAAAAGUGAUCUACCGAACAUCAAGCUCAGGACAUACUCUUUGGACCGAUAACUGUACUUAUGUUGCGCGGAAACCUAGUAAAAGUUUGAGAGGUCUAAAUCACCGACCAACCUCCUGCUGAUGUGAUAGUUGCUGGCAUCCAAAAUCCUAGCUGUCCUGAGACGAACGUAGCUAACUGAAAUACAAGAUAUGCAAACCCAUUAGUCGCUAACAAACACACUAGAAUUGGUGCAAUCAAGUCAUUAGAAUACCACCCGCUGGACAUUAUCAAAUACCUGAAACUGUGCCGAAACAAUAACAAGCUAGCGCAAAUAAGUGAAUUAUUUUAUACAAACUCGCGACAAAAAUAUUGGAUACACUGGGAACGAGAGGAAAGAAAUAACUCGGUUUAUAAUAGCCCGGAGCGAAUAUAUUGGAUAUUGGAUAUAUCGGGAAACAUUUGGAGCCGCGCGGGAAGGGCUGGUCGUUGUUUCAUGACUGGGGCUUCGGUCCAAAUUGUAGGACACGUAAUAAUGAGUUAUGAAAGUCAGCUCACCAAAUUAAUUAUCGUCUGAUAAGAAUAUUGUAUCAUUACUCCGAAGCUCUGGUCCUAUCUUGAAGGUUUUGAUAUCAGUUACUCAUAUUACAUAACUUCACCCACUCAAAUGGUGCUUAAGAUAUUUGCAUAACUUAUUGUUCCCACAAUGGCUUCAGAAAAUAACUUCGACAAGACUAAAGGAGUCAGAUCAGUCGGGAAACACAAUAUCAAAGGGCUUUAUCUAUUUGAAAGAUGUUCUGGAGGAAUACUCAAUCUCAAAUUUGAUUCGGAAGUAUUAGAGUCGUUUUACUACAAAUGUACGUACCCAAGCUCUCGUGGGAGAUUCCGUUUUGCCACUGUACUAACAGCCUUUCUGUCGGUUGCUUGGUUGGUGUAUUUUUCAAUCCUGCAACACCAUAGUUGUUUAGUGUACAGGAUUGGAUUCAGUCUUGGCGUUGUGAUCUCAAUUACUUAUUUCUUAACGAGCUUCUUCGACAAGCUUUUCAAACCUCGAGCUAUAUUAAUCAGUGGUAGUCACGCAUGGAUUUCAUGUCUGCUUGGCUUGCUUGCAUUUACUCCACCAGAACCUGGUGCUACUUUGGCUUUUAAUCUAAGUUUAAUUCUUCAGCUCAUAUUGAUCACAUAUACCAUGGCCCCUUUGCGCUUAUGGCAGCUGUUGGUAAUAUGUGGACCCGUCAGUGUUUUGCAAAUAGUUUUAGCAAGUAUGAGGUAUGGCCGGGUCCCAGGCUGGUUUAUACUGUUGUUUUUCGUCGGUCAUUUCUCCGUUCAUUUGAUUGGAAUUAAUCUUCACUUGAUGUCUCAAGUUUGGCGUCGAUCAACAUUUCUACGUAUGGGUUAUAAUGCUUUAAUGCGAAAAGCAUUAAAGAAAGAACAAGAAAUACGUGAUGAUAUGAUUCGUUCAUUAAUGCCUAAUCAAGUUGCACAAGAAGUAAUGCGUGAAGUGGGCAAUGAAAGUUCCAUUGAAUAUGACACUAAUGAUGAUGAUGAUGAUCAUAGGCGUUCAAACGACAAGAACAAAAAUAAGCACAAAAUGAAUAAAUCUAAGCAAAGUCAUCAGAGAAAAUUGAAAGAUAAAAAAUCACACAGUGAAGCAAAUAGUAUCAAUUUAGGUGAAAAUUUUAAAAUUAGUGGACUCAGUUAUAUUGGUGAUGAGGCAGAUAGUGAAGAUGAAGAUGAAAGACAAACUCCAAAGAAAGCAAGUGUUGGGAGUAACUGUGAACAGCAACCUAUACGACAAGAUGACUUAGAAAUGGGUUUGGGCAUUAGUGAUGCUGGCAGUCCUUGUAGUCAAAAAUGUAGCCUAAUGCCUAAAGCAGCUGUUGUACCGCCAUCGCGAGCUGUCGCAUUUCGAAAGUUUCAUGUGAAUCAAUUAGAAAAUGUCAGUGUAUUAUUUGCUGAUAUUGUUGGUUUUACUAAAAUGAGCUCGAAUAAAUCUGCAUCACAUCUUGUCUAUCUAUUAAAUGAUCUUUUUGGAAGAUUUGAUCGUUUAUGCGAACUUGUUGGUUGUGAGAAAAUAGCCACUCUUGGUGAUUGUUAUUAUUGCGUUUCUGGUUGUCCGAAUCCAACCGAAGAUCAUGCUGAGCGAACAGUGGAAAUGGGUAGAGCAAUGUGUUUAGCUAUCCAACAAUUUGAUGAAGAUCAUUCAGAGGAAGUGAAUAUGCGUGUCGGUGUACACACUGGUAAAGUGAUCUGUGGUAUCGUCGGAACAAGACGCUUUAAAUUUGAUGUUUGGUCAAAUGAUGUUACAUUAGCUAAUGAAAUGGAGUCUAGUGGUGAAGCGGGAAAAGUGCACAUUUCUGAGGCUACUUUAAGUUUUGUAAAAGAUAUUUAUGAAGUUUCUGAAGGAAAACCUGUUCAUGAUAUUCGAAAAUUUAAAGUGUUAGUUGAAUUUUUCAAUAAAGAAGAACAAUGUUUCGCCAUUAAACAUACUCAAGACGAAGCUAUGAUCAAAACGUAUUUUAUUGAAAAACGUUUGGAUGAUAAGCCAGUCGUCAGUUUGCCACCAAUGCAACUGGAAGUUGGUCCAGUUCAAUUACAAAGUACUAAUAAUGUUUGUGAUACUGAAACUGUUACCACAAAUAAUAACCCAUAUGAAUCACAGAAUAUUGACACUGUUCUCUCAACAGCGAUAACUACUACUAUUUCAUCAAUUACGGGAACUCACAACAUUUCUACCUCAUAUCAUUCAUUCGUGAAUAACAAAAGUACUAAUAAUGUUGCUAAGAAACCAGAUGUCAUUACACAUAAUGAUCGAGAUGGUAAAAAGCUGGUGGAUACCAGUCAACUGUCACAAUCGAUUUCAACAGUCCUAACAGAACAUCGUCUCUCUAUGGAUAGUAAGAACAUAACUGUGCCGCUGACUACUACUACUACUAACACUACCACUAUAACUACUUCGUUUUCUAUUAGUCGUGGUUCUGAUGUGGAAAUGUUGCAGGCAUUACAAGAUUUCGUUCAACCCGAUGAAAUUUUCAUUUUUCCACCAAUAUCUAGAUUAACUUUGAAUUUCUUUGUUCCCAUGGUUGAGAAAAGUUAUCGACGUUUAGGUUUACGACGUCCAAGAAUGCAUUCUAUUGAGAAAUUGUCAUGGUCCACACCACGUAUUGCACCAUUUAUUAAUACAAUUACAGAGACAAUAUUGAUUUUUAUUAUUGCUACAACGUGUUUCAUUGUUUUUCCAGAUGCUCGAAAAGCAGUAAAUACGCCAACUUUUUAUAUUAUUCUAUUUAUCGCCUUCAUGGUACAUACACUGUUAUUGGCAUUGUUAAUUUCCGAUCUGGCUGCAUGGGCCUGGUGUCCAAGGCGUGGUAUCAGUAGUAGUAGUAAAUCCAUGUUGAAAACUCCGAGAAGCCGUUAUGACUGGCGACAUAUAGUGAUUCGGCUAUAUGGGAAGCUAUUUCGUUGGAAUUCACGCAAUGUGAUAGGUGUUUUUAUUUUGAUCCUACCAACAUCUGUUGUAUUGUCGACGUAUUCUUAUUGUCUAUUCAAUAAAUACACACCUUUAAUAACACUCGAUGCGGCAUUAAAUCAUAAAGACGCCUAUUAUUAUUCUCACAUGUUCUAUGCUACUUAUCGUGCACAAAUUGGUUUAUUGUUCACUUUUAUGUUUAUCAACUGUACAUUAUACACGUCCUUUUCUUCUUGGACUAAAACUAUUUCAGCUACAUUCGUCUGUUCAUUGGGCAUACUAUUGAUAUCUUUACAUAGAACACUUCAGUACACAUGCUCGCCACAGCAUGUUCAGUCAUGGUAUUCAUUAAUAAAAUAUAGUUUUAAUGGUGCAGAAAUUGUUGGAGAACGACUAAAAAAUCAAAAUUCAUCAUUGUUACUAGAUUUUCCUAAUUGGUCAUAUCCAGCCACGUCUGAUAAUGCAGUGUAUGAGUAUAUUAUGAUUGGAUUGCUUACUUUGAUUCUAGUCGGUGCAUUGAAUCGUGAAUUUGAUAUAAAUUUCCGACUAAGUUUUCAUCGAGAUUAUGAAGCUCAACGAGCUAAAGAAGCUAUUGGUCAUCAAAAAUUGCAAGCUGAUUGGUUGUUAGAGAACAUUAUUCCAUAUUAUAUAAUGGAUGAUUUACGUCAGCAUAAUAAAUACUCUCGACAUAUUGAAGAUGCUGGUGUAGUUUUCGCAUGUAUUGCGAAUUUCUCUGAGUUUUAUGACGAACAAUAUCAAGGUGGUCAAGAGAUGUUACGUGUUAUGAAUGAAAUAUUUGCUGAUUUUGAGCAUCAACUCGCCUUAUCAAAAUAUAAAGACGUCGAGAAAAUCAAAACAAUUGGCUCAUGUUUUAUGGCUGCUUCAGGGUUAAAUAUGACUGAACGUAAACGCAAUAAACGAUCAGAUGAACAUUUGUGGGCACUGCUUGAUUUUGCUUUGGAUUUAAUUCAUACACUAGAUGAUUUCAAUCGUCAAAUGUUCAAUUUUCAAUUUGAACUAAAAAUUGGUUAUAAUAUUGGUGAAGUGACAGCUGGUGUUAUAGGAACUACAAAACUAUUAUAUGAUAUAUGGGGUGAUACUGUCAAUGUGGCUAGUCGUAUGUAUUCAACAGGUUUAAAAGGUAGAAUACAAGUUACUGAGGCUGUUGCUAAACGCCUAGAAUCACGUUAUAUAUUUGAAUACCGUGGUGAAGUGUUUGUCAAGGGUAAAGGUAAUAUGAAAACCUACUUAUUAGUAAGCCGUCGAAAUAGUUAAGACGAAGGGAUGAUUAUCGAGAUAAUUUCACUGAAAUGUAUAUUGUCUGUUCGUUUGUGUUACUACUGGUACGGGUACUACUCAUAACAAUUUGGUCAGUUAUAACGCCUUCGUUUCUGGUCACUUGAUCAAUAGAACAAUUUAGAAAAUUUUAAAAAGUAUGGUCUGGAUUUUUUACUUAACUGCACAAAAAAAAUCCCUUAAUGGAUCUUUACAUAUACACAUGUUUGUUAUAUUUCUUCUUCGCUUAAUCAUAAUUUUUCGAUAAACAUAAGAAUACUUUCGAGAAAUAAUCAUAUAUUCAACAUAUUAGUUUACACCUGCAAUCAUCAUUUUUCUGUCUUUGCCUUCCUUUAUUAUCGUCUUUCUACACAGUGAUUAUUAUUGUUAUUAUCGGUUUGCUUUCAUUUUCCUCAUUUCAAACAAACUCUCAUCUACUGUGCAUUUGUCCUAGACAUCCAUCGUCAAUAUUCUAUUGGUACAUUUAGAAAUAAUAAUAUAAAUGUAUUAAAUUCUGUGUCUUUACAUAUAUUGGUUAAAAUAAAGUGUUAAAUUUUUUAUGCUUGUGAACUCGGUCAAAAUAUUAGUUGCGUAUUUUAUUCUAUAUUACAUUAAGCGCCGGACCAAUUGAUUGUUAUAUGUUCCACCUUUAAUCAGAAUUAUGUUUAGUUAUCAACCAAUUUUGUAUUGGAACUAUAUUCAUCCAAAUACAUGCGUGUAUGUGCAUAUGAACCUUGUGAACGUAAAUAACUUGACCUGAAAAAUUCAGCUGUUAUAUUGCAUUUUUUUCAUGAUUAUCUAGACUGCUUUUCACUUAUUUUGUCCUCUUCAUCAUGAUAUUUUAAAAGAAAAAAAGUGGUUAUGAAGUUGAUAGACAUGCAUUAAUAUCUACUAGCCUUUCGUUGUCGUGACUGUUUGUAUUGAUUCUCUGGAAAUAUAUAAGGUAAUCUCUUGUUCAAGCUGAAAUCCAAUAAUCAAUUACUUGGUGAAAAUUCACAUUUAUCAGUUCUACGUGUUCUUUUUGUGGUAUUAUCAUUAUUGUCUUUACACAACUGAGAGUUAUACGUAUGAUUGCAGACUCGUUCACUUAUUGUUUUCAAAAUGGUGUUGUUAUCUCACGUUCAACUGAUCGCUUUUUCUAACGGUUCCUGUCAUUCGUUCAUGUUAACUACUUUCUGUUUUGUCUUUUCUUUCUAAUUCCUUUGUUAAAUUUGAGGUGUGAUGGCUUCUCUCUAUUUACAUAUUCUCUUCUUUAAUUCUUUUUGAAUAAUGGAUAUGUUGCAUUGUAAAGUAGGGGAUAUCUUGAGAAAACCGCAAAACAAUAGCUGAUGAUGGCGACAGUCAUGAUAUAUAUUCCGAUUUUGUUUGAUCUUAUUGUAGUUCUGUCUGAGUUAUUAUUACUUAUUUUAAUGUUUAAGAUGAAUAAACAAGUUUGUUAUGGUGAUGUACUACUUAGCUAUAUAUAUUGAGGCUGAAUUACCAGCCUGUUCUUUCACCUUCAUAAUAAAACAUAUAAUCGAACUCACCACAACUUAUUAAUAAGGGUUUGUUAAAUUCGAUGGUCUUGGACUGAUAGUAGUUACUAGGGGACAAUUGAAAGCCAGAAAUUAUUCAGCAUCCUUUAUACAUAUAAGGUUCAAUUUGUUAGAACAAAUCUCGCUCACAUCAAAUAUAUUACAAUGAAAAAUUCGAUCAUAGUUCGCAGUGGAAAAUUGAAAGAAGAAAGAUAUUUCCAAUCGUUCACCCAUUAAUAUCAACCUAUUAGAGGAGAUUAAUAUAAUUUAACGAUUCACCAUAAACAAUUGUUCUUAUUUUAUCAGCUAAUUAAUUUUAUAGUUAUGACGUAUUUGUUGUAGCGUGGAUCUUAACUCAUUUGACAUAACCUAAAAGAAUUCAUAUUGUAUUCAGG